AUAAAAACAGGGUAUUCUUUGAUCUUUCUCAACCCCAAAAAUAAAAAAGAAUUCUCUCCAACAACUCAAAAUAAAAACCCCAAAAAAUCAAGAAACAGGGGAAGGGACAAAGAAGCAGGCGGUAGCCAUGGCCGUCAUCCCGCCGGCGACAGAUUUCGGAGAUCUAUGCGACGAAAUCGCCGAAAUCAUCUUCUCUUUCGUCCCCCUGAAAUCCCUAGCGAAGCUGGAGACCGUUUCCAAAUCAUGGCGGCAAUUGAUUGCCAGAGUCCGGCUCCACCACCCGCCCGUCACCGACUCCGGUCUCGUUCUCCACCUCUGGUCCUCCAGAGCCGCCGGAAUCUCUAAAAAAUCCGUCUUCUUGAAACUCCACUACCCCCACAACACCGAGCUCUGCACCGUCGACUCCUCCGCCCCGAACAAAUUCCCCUUCUUGAUCGAUUCCUGCAACGGGUUAAUCCUCUACGGCUUGGAGGACGACAAACAGACUUGGAAUUACAUCGUACAUUCCCAGGUUUCCGACCAAUCCAUAGCCCUCCCUCCGUCGAACUCCGUGUUCAGGCCCGCAUUCGUCGCACUGGCCUUCGACCCGAGGAAGAACGCCCAAUUCAAAGUCGUGGGCUUUUUCUGGAACGAGGUGAAUCCCCUCUCCAAUUCUGUAAACUCCAUGGUUUUCAAGUCGGAGUCUUGGGAGUGGAGGGAGAAACAGGGGAAGCUCUUGAAUUCGGGUCUGAUUUCCGAACAGGGCUUCGUGUUUGGACAAUGCUUCGGCCCUGCAAUCUAUAUGAACUCGAGAUUACAUCUGAUAUGGUGCUUCUGUCUCUUAAUCUUCGAUGAAGACGGCGAUGAAUUCACAGUUUUGCCACUCCCAAGAAACCCCAAUGGAGCAUCAUAUUCAUACAACAAUCCCCGCCACCGCUCGCUAUGGGAAUCGGAGGGCAAACUGAAUCUUUGUGACCCGGAUGAACACGGGUUUCGAAUCUGGGAGUUCAGCAACGACACCCACGAAUCGUUAUGGACAUUGUGCCGGUUUGUGGUUCUGGACGAUUUGAUUUCGGAGACGAGGAGGGAGACCGGGGUGAGAGUGACUGUGGGGAAUUCCAUAAGGUCCUCUGGGUUCAAUGAAGAUUUGCAGAUUCUGUACAUUCAUGUGGUUGUGUGCAAGAAAAUUGUAGGGUACAGCUUUGAGACUAAGAGGGUUGUGGGGGUUUGGUCCUAUGGAGAUGUGGGAGAAGAUUUCCAGCUUCAUACAUUCUUGUUCAAACAUGUUGGUUUGAACUCCUUCAAGCUCUGUCAACUAUAAAGUAAGUGUGAAGGAAGGAUGCCAAACAAUCUUAUUCUUUUACCUUUCAUUUACUACUUUUAGAAUAGGAUUUAUGUGAUGAGUUGUACUUAGCACUCAGCAGUGGUUCCAAGAUACUUUGGAUCUGUUGUACACUUGUACUUAGAGGGGGGUGGAGAAAAUUUUUGAGUGCAGGAUAAUUGUCUCAAUUCUUUACUUUUAGUCCAUAUAAUAAAAUAAAAAACAUGUGUUCCAUAAUUUUUUCUUUCAUUAAAUAAGAUUUUAACUA